UUCCGCCAGAGAACGACGUACUGAUUUAUCAGAAGAACGAAAAGGCGGAAAACAACACGACAACUGGACAUAAAAAGACUAAGUGAAGUAUGGACUCUCCAAGCAGAAGUCCCAGUCCCAUUCCUGAGAUGAAGGAACCAAGUGAAGAUGAGGCCAGUCCUGCAGCAGAAAAGCCCAAACAGGAGGGUCCUAUAGAGAAAAGCCCAGAACCCCAGACGAAGCCGUCCCGUGAAGCCAGUCCUGCAGCCCGGUCCCGCUCCGGGAGCCCGGCCUCUGGGGGUCCUGCCUCUGGGGGUCCUGCCCCUGGGGGUCCUGCCUCCAGCAGCUCAGACGACAGCACCAGCAGUGAUGAUGAGGAAGAACAUCAAGGGGCACUGCGAAGGCUCAGGAGUAGUGUGGCACAGAUCAAGAGGUCCAAAUCCAAAUCUAGGUCCAGAGACAGAUCCAUAUCCAGAGACCGAGACAGAUCCAGAUCGGGAGAGGGGGAGAGAUCGGGAGAGGGAGACAGAUCCAGGUCCAAAUCCAGGGACAGGUCAAGGUCCAGAGGACGAGAGCGGUCCAGGUCAAGAGACAGAGACCGCGGGCGCUACGACAGAGGACGCCACGAUCGCGAUCGCUACGAUGUUCGCCGAGACGACAGGGACGCGCGUUUUGACCGGCGACCUAACCGAGAUGCAGAGUGGGAGCAGAGGAGGCGAGGGCGCUCCGGAUCCCCGUCAGCUGACAGGGAGCCAGGGACCGCAGAGGAGCCGCCAGUCAAGAAGAAGAAGGAGGAGAUCGACCCGAUCCUGACGAGGACGGGUGGAGCUUACAUCCCCCCCGCCAAGCUGCGCAUGAUGCAGCAGCAAAUCACAGACAAGACCAGCCUGGCCUAUCAGAGGAUGAGCUGGGAGGCCCUGAAGAAGUCCAUCAACGGCCUGAUCAACAAAGUCAACGUGGCGAACAUCGUCUUCAUCAUCCAGGAGCUGCUGCAGGAGAACAUCGUCAGGGGGAGGGGUCUGCUGGCUCGCUCCAUGCUGCAGGCUCAGGCGGCGUCUCCCAUCUUUACUCACGUUUACUCCGCUGUCAUCUCCAUCAUCAACUCCAAGUUCCCUCAGAUUGGAGAGCUGAUCCUCAAACGUCUCAUCCUGUCCUUCAGGAGGAGCUACCGCCGCAACAUCAAGCAACAGUGCCUUACAGCCUCCAAGUUUGUGGCUCAUCUCAUCAACCAGAACGUGGCUCAUGAGGUGUUGUGUCUGGAGAUGCUCACUCUGCUGCUGGAGCGUCCGACUGACGACAGCGUGGAGGUCGCCAUCGCCUUCCUGAAGGAGUGUGGCCUCAAACUGACCGAGGUGUCCCCGCGAGGAAUCAACGCCAUAUUUGAGCGUCUCAGGAACGUCCUCCACGAGUCGGCCAUUGAUAAGAGGGUCCAGUACAUGAUCGAGGUAAUGUUUGCCAUCAGGAAGGACGGUUUCAAAGACCACCCGGUGAUCCCAGAGGGUCUGGACCUGGUGGACGAGGGGGACCAGUUCACCCACAUGCUGCCCCUGGACGACGAGUACAGCAUCGACGACAUCCUCAAUGUGUUUAAGAUGGACCCAGACUUCCUGGAGAACGAGGAGAAAUACAAAACCAUCAAAAGAGAGAUCCUGGAUGAGGGCAGCAGCGACUCAGGGGAAGACGGAGACGCCAGCGGCGACGAUGAAGACGACGAAGAAGAGAACGCAGAGCCAACAGAAGAGGAGAAGAUCAUCAUCUACGAUCAGACAGAAAUCAACCUGGUUGCUUUCAGAAGAACCAUCUACCUCGCUAUCCAAUCCAGUUUGGACUUUGAGGAGUGCGCUCACAAACUGAUCAAGAUGGACUUUCCUGACAGCCAGACG